ACAACUAACACACCAAUACUUACAUUCACAUCUUGGGCUACUUUUGUGGACUAUUGUUUUGAUGACAAUGUUUCUAACUUUCUGCAUAUUCAUAACUAUGUUCUCUACUACUGUAACCUGGGUUGAAGCUGGUAAAACAGAGCCGCAAACUCUUCGCAGACAGAAAAGAGAUUGGAUCAUCCCUCCAAAAACGCUGUUUGAGAACGUGGAUUAUACCAAAGAAGAAUAUAUUGCCAAAAUCCGAUCAGAUGAAGAAACCAGGACGAAUGUUAAAUAUUCACUAAUAGGCCCUGCAGCAGACAAGAGAUUAUUCAGCGUAAACGAAAACAAUGGCAACGUCAAGAUCCAUGGCAUCUUGGACAGAGAGGAAGAAGCUGAAUAUGAACUUAAAGGGAGAGCUGUGCUACCAAAUGGAACACUUGCUGAAAAGGACCUAGAUUUAAAAAUCAUAGUUCUUGACCAGAAUGACAAUGCCCCUGAGUUUAAUCUUGAUAUGAAGGAAUCUGUGAAGGAGCUCAGUGACAAAGGCACCAUGGUAUUUACAGCUACGGCUACGGAUAAGGACCAGGAUGGCUCUCCAUAUUCAAAAAUUGCCUACAAAAUUAUACAUCAGGAUCCGGAAGAAGAGACGAUGUUCGAGAUCAGCCGUACGUCUGGUGAAAUCAAAGUCAGGAUGAACACUCUGGACCGAGAGAAACAAGAAACGUACAAAUUGAUAAUCACAGCUACAGAUAUGGACGGGGAAGACAAUGAUCCCAACAACACACCAAGUACAGGAACAGGAACUGUGACCAUCAGCAUACUUGAUGUCAAUGACAAUAUCCCUACAUUGGAGAACAAAUAUUACGAAGGUAACGUGGAGGAGAAUCUCAAGAAUAAGGAAGUGAUCCGGAUUAAAACCAUAGACAAGGACCAGGAGUACACUGAGAACUGGGAAGCCGUGUACACCAUCAUUUCAGGAAAUGAGGCCAGUUACUUCAACAUCACCACAGACCCCAAAACUAAUGAGGGCAUCCUGAUGGUCAUUAAAGACCUGAACUAUGAGGAGUUUACUGAGAUCAGUCUGAAAGUGGUGGUCAACAACAAGGCACCUUAUCAUAAGUCAGUGGUGAAUGACAAGAUUGUAGAAUACCCCAUAAAAAUAAAAGUCCUGAACGUACGUGAAGGCCAUCAUUUCAACCCUCAUAUCAAAGUCGUCAGUGUCAGUGAAGACACAAAACUCACUGAUCUGACGAAGGUCAUCACCACCUUCAAAGCCACAGACACUGAUACGUCGUUGCCCGCCACUAACGUCAGGUAUUUGAAACACGAUGAUGUUGGCCAUUGGGUAAGCAUUGAUGAGCAAACAGGUGACAUCAAACUCAUCAAUUAUCCAGACUACGAGUUUAAGGAAUUGAAAAAUGGAAGAUACAACGUCAAAAUUAUAGCAAUCACUAAUGAUUUUCCAUUCAAAACUGCGACAGGAACUCUUGUGAUUCAGGUGGAGAAUAUCAACGACAACUCUCCGAUUCUGGCCAACUCAUUCGAUACUAUGUGUUACGGCAGCAAAGAAGUGUACGUCACCGCCAAAGAUGGGGAUCAUUCCCCCUACGCAGAACCUUUUAUUUUCACACUGGUUACCAAGGACACAGAGAAAUGGAGCUUAGAUUAUCACAAUGCAACAACACACAUUUUGCGCAGCAAGGAGGAAAACCUGUGGCCGGGACUAUACACAGUAAAUCUGGUUGUCAAAGACAAUGGAGGAAAGUUCUCUGAGGUUCAAAAGCUUCAGUUAACUGUGUGCACAUGCAGGGAAAAUACAAACAAACCAGCAUGCCAAUCUGCGAGACAGAGCCGCAAGGGUACUGUACUGGGAGCAGGCGGUGCUCUGACACUUCUGAUAGGCAUCCUGCUUCUCGUGGCGAUUCCACUGCUUUUGCUAGUGUGUGAGUGUGGAACUAGACCUGUUAUCCAUGCAUUCCCCUUCAAUGCAGAACAGCAGCUCAUCAAAUAUAACACUGAAGGCCAAGGAGAAGAUAAGGAACUAGCACUGUUGCCUCAGAUGCACGUGACUGGAGAAGGUGGCAGCAGCGGCAAACAGGAAGCUGAAUGGGGAGCUGGAUGGGGAGCUGGAUGGGGAGCACAUGAACACUGGAGCAAAUAUGGAUGGGAAUCUGAAGAGGAAUACAUAAACUGGUGUCUUAAACAUGCUUACAAUGUUAAUUAUAACGCAACUGGAAACAAUGGACAGUCUAAAUUUUUUACAGCGAGCACCCUGGAUUCCAUGGCUCUGUCCGAGGCCUUCUUAAGAGAGUACUAUUCAAUGAAAUCGUGCGAAAUUACGGACCAGGAAGCCGAUAUGAACCAGCUGCUGGUGUAUGACAACGAAGACCUCAGCUCAGUCACAAGCUCCUUAAAUGAAAACUACAUCAUUGAAGACAAAGAUUUAGAUUUCCUCAAUGACCUCGGGCCUAAGUUCAAAAUGCUUGCUGAGAUAUGCCUUGGCUCGGCCAUGGAACCCGAGGUCAGCUCCUCUCCCACGCCUGACAUAACCGUCUCCUCUAGUUCACAAGUGGGCGUCAAUGUGAAAGGUGCUGUUGAUGUUCUUCACAAUGAAGCUACCUCUGUCUCUGCAUCCAGCUCCUCCUCCACCACCCAAACCACCACUAAAUAUUAUGCAGAGAAUGUUAGCAGUGGAGGCGCUACAUCAGCAGCAACUGUGGGCCAAACUCUGUUCAUCCAGCAGCCACCUGUCUACCUUUCCUCUACACACAUGUACGUAGCGGAGCAACAGCGUCAGCCUGCUCUUUUUCUAGCUUCUGGUCAAAUCCUGGGUGUUCAGGAACAGAACGUGGUGCUGGUAGAAAAAGGGGCUACCAACAUGGCCAUCGCAGACCAGAACACCCUUCCAGGCCUUCAUCUGCAGCACGCAAACACCAGAGUUCUGGUGGAUCCAGGAAUUGGAGGCACACUGGUGCGUGGUUUCUCAGGCCGCUCUGAGCCUCAGGGCACUGUUUCUGGUGCCUUUUGUGUUGUGGAGAGCCAACGAGUAGAGAGCACAGAGCCUGCACAUGUCAUGCAGAGCUCCUCCCACUCCAGCAUCAGAAAGAGUCAGCAUAUACAGAUCGAAGAUAAAGUAUAGGGAGCUUGGCUUAAGGAAAUGCGUCAGAAUUCCCAAGUGUCCUUUCACUUUUGCAACAAGAUGUGAAUCUAUUUGAUGUCCCAAAUGGUGGAACUUACCAAGAGGUGCGAGAGGAACGGGUUUUCAGUUGCAGAGAAAGGUUACCAAUCAAGCUCCACCUCUUAAUGAAACUACAAACACACUCACAUAUUCUAAAUGCACACCCUUAUCUUUGUAAAUUGAGCCAUUAGUUCUGAAGAAUAGGUCACCAGCCUGAUUUACCAGAAGGGCAAGUUUGCAAAAAAAAUGAAGGAGGAAGACUUUUUUUUAAAGCUUGACAUUAAUUCAUAGUAAUAGACAUUAGUAGUCAAGUAAUUGACUCCCUUUUACUGUAUGUAGCUUCUUAAUUAAAAUAUUACUCAUAUAAAUCCGUCAUGCUACUGUAUCUGGAUGUUUGUCUUUGGUUUUAGCUGCAUUAGUUGUUUUAAUCAUUUGUCGAUUCUAUAUCCAUUUAUAAUGUUUUGCUAUUCGCAUAAAUUAGUGCUGCUACGUAAAGCUAAAAAAUGUCCUGCUGAUCGCUAUCAAAAUGUAUCGGCGUGUUUUUGUAGUUGCUCCAUUAAUCGUUGGUAGUAUUAGAAGGUUUUUUUGCAACAGAUGGGUUUCUCUUCAGGUAUAUCAGCUGAUGUUCUUUGUUUUCUCUGUUUAUUUCUAAGCCAAUAAUGGAAAUAGAGUGCACUGCAUUUCCCUCAUAUUACUGGAUCUUUAUUACAAAAGCUUUCCACUGAUAAAGAAUAAUGGCACACACACACACACACACAUACACACACACAAAGAUUUGAUUAUUUAUGACAACACCGUAGUGCCACCUGCCGGAAUAAAACACUGGCAUGAAAAUGAUUGCGUGGGUGAUAGACACACCCAAACUGCACAAUGAUUGUGUGCUCUUGACACGACAACUGAGUGAAUUUGUGUUGAAAGGCUGAUGUAAAACAAAAUGUGAAACCUGUAUUUUGUAUGUUUGUAUAUUUGUGUGUUGAGGAAAUGUUCACCGGUGGUUUAAAACCCAUGCUGCCCAGCUGUGCGUGUUGUCCCAGACCACAACCCUAAUCUCUUUAUCUUAACACCAUACACUGUAGACUUUCUAGUUUCAUACUUUUUGCAGUAUGUGUAUGUGCUGAU